CUGACUGCUUUGUUCACUGUGAUGGCUCCACUAAAAUUAGUUAUUAAGUGUGGGAACUUUGCCGUGCUGGUGGAUCUUCACGUUCUGCCCCUGGGCGGCCGAGGGGACGCCAGCUGGUUUACUGCGGACCACAUCGAGGAGGUUACAGCCCUGGUUCGAGAUGCUGUUGACCAGAGGGUUAAGCAGUACACAGAGUCCCUGCACAACAGGAGACAGCCCAAACAGAAGAGGGAGCUGGCACCUGCUUCAGCCUUUUUUGCAAAAGGCAAAAACUUCAACCUGGUCGCCAAUUUUCUGAAGCGACACUUCAACCUCAGAUGCAUUGUCAAGCAGCUCUACGGGGAUUUGCGUGUGUUUCCUGAACGCUAUGUUGUGUGUGUGAGCUGUCCAGAGGAUGCCUCAGCGCACCAUGGAAACCCGAGCCUGGCCGCGACCGAACUGAGCGAACAAAGCCGAUCGGAAUAUUUUUCCAGAGUGGGAGAAACCCAAGAGCCCUUCAACAGCCCCACAAAAACAAAGAAAACUGUGCUUCAAAAGAUAGCUAAGCAAGCUAGUGUCCAGCGAGAGCUCUGUGGGUCCAGUAUGGAGGAACAGCAGAUUGACCAGAAAGCACAUCCUAAAAACCAAAGAGGAGAACUAAAAGCUGGAGGGCCAGAAUCAAGUCCAAAAGAGGCCAGCUCUGGACAGAAGGCCCUCCCAGAGGGGGACGCCGAGGUGCCUUGCCCCACUGCCUUAAAGGAAGCCAUGGCUCAGAUUGGGACUGCUCUGAAACAGAGCCUGACCCAAGAGCAUCAGACUGAGAGCAGUGCCCCAGACAGCAUCAACCCGAAUGGGGCCUCAGCAGAUUUCUGCCAACAUGAAAUCAGUCAGGAGACAAGAAAGAGCAAGAGGUACAAGCCAAGCGAUGCGGGGGAAGACCCUCACCCACAGAGGGCCAAGAGGACGUGCCUUGGAAGACCUCCAGCCACAAUGCAAACUCACUUCACCGAGUGCUCCACACAAACAUCCAAGCAUGACCUUCUUCCUCUGCCGCCCCUUCCCCUCGUCGAAGCCAAGGCAGAAUCCAAGGCUUUCCCAGUCUCCGAGCGCAAGAAAACCACACUGGAAGUAGAGCUGCUUACUCCAGGGAAACGGGCCCAGAGGCUCCCCCUCACAAGCAAUAACACGGCACAGACAAACCAAAACAGGCUGGCCGCAAGUCUGAGGGGCCUAUCUGUCAAGCCUGCAUCCUCAGGCUCCUCUAUUAGUUCCAGAUCCACACUCGGAGAGGAGGGGAGUGAAAAUGUGCCCAGAACCUCCAGAUUACGACGACUGAAGAGGUCCUGAGGGGGAGAGACAAGCUACAGUAAAGAUGCCUGACGCCACAGAGAUAGAGAUGAUAUUGUCGGGCUACGUGUUUACCUCACAUGACUUGCAUUUGUACACGUGUUAUAUUCUACUACAAUAUCUGUUCUUUUCACAUGAGCUGUACAUACACUACACACACACACACACACACACACACACACACACACACACACACAAACAGAUCAAAUGUUGAACACAUUAUGGCAAUUGAUACAUGAGCAUUUGAGUUACGCUUUGUCAAA